AUGCCAGCACCCAAACCAACCUCGGUGGCCGUCAAGAUUGCCAGCAUCAUCUAUUACAUACUCAUAGUAGCCAUACUGGCUAUGGUAUCACUUGAAAUCGCCCGUCUUAUCGUUGCCCAGCUCGGGAUUGGUCUUCUCCCCUUCACGUACGUUGGCAUACUCGCCGCUCUGGUCCUCCACGUUGCUGCUGCAUCGACGACUACAACAUCCUGGCUUGGCGGUUUGCAUGUCUACAGGGGUGAGGCGCGGUGGCGAUGGACCGUCAAAAGCGUCAACGUGCUAUACUGGGCGAUUUUGAUGUGUGUGAUGGCGAUCAAGGUUGCCAGCCAGGCCAAGGAGCAGAACGUGCUGGGAAUGAGGACGGGUCAGCAGGCGCAGUAUCCUAUUUCCGAUUCCAUCACGGACAAUGCGACCAUGAUAGGGGUGGAGUUCGUGCUGUUGAUUUUGGAGUUGUUGACUAUCUAA